UUCAUCGAUUUGAAGCUCCCCGUCCCCCAUCCUGCAAGUGGACCAGUCCAAUCCAAGAUGGCUGACGGAGAAGAGAAUUCUGCCAGCCCGGCCGGAACGCCCACCGCUGCCGAGCCGCCCAAGAAGGGCAUGUCGGCGUUUCUGGACGUGUUUCGCAGAGCGGACAAGAAUGACGAUGGUAAGCUGUCCUGGUACGAGUUUAAGACCUACUUUGAUGACGGCUCUCUGUCCGAGACGGAACUGGGAGAACUUUUCCACCGCAUCGACACCCACAACACCAAUAACAUCGAUGUCGGAGAGCUAUGCGACUACUUCUCCCAGCAGUUGGGCCCAUUUGAGCAGGUGUACAGUGCUCUGGAGGAUCUGAACUCUUCCAUCAACACUGCUCUCAUGUCCACUGCACAGGAUUAUCCCAGCAUGCCACAGGAGGGCCAGUUUAUGCGGCGUUUCCUGCUGAAGGAGGUUCUGAACCAGAUGGAGUCUCAGCAGCGCUCGGUGGACGUGGCCAGCGAACAUCUGGAACAGGAGUCAGGAUCUCAGGACCCCGUUGAUGCCAAUGUUGAGGAGGAGCCCCAGCUGAGCCGAGCGCGGAGGCGGGACAUCCGGCGGCAGAUGAGCGGGCUGUCACGGCUGGAGAGUCACGAGGACAACAGCGCAGCGCUGACUCAGCAGGUCAGCAGGCUCAAGACUCUGCUGGACACCUUACAGAGCAAGGUGAGACUUCAGCCUAUAGAAGAGGAGCUGGACAUGGAGGAUGGAGCUUCACUGGUCCAGGUGGUCCAGAGGAGGAUGGAGAUGGAGGAAGAUAAGGAGGAGGAGUUCCGUAAGGCUCUACGGGAGUACCUGGAGGCUGUCGAGGGGACAGAUGGGUGCAUCAACCUGUGUGUUUGCCGCACUCCCGACAGAGAACAUAUUAUCCUGUACGAGAUCUGGGCUGGCACUGAGGCUUGGAAAAGCCACGUGAGCUCCUCAGUCAGCAAGACAUUCCAACACAAGGUCAUCGACCUCCUGGCUCAGCCCGAGCAGAUGUCCACCAUCAGCAUACCAGCAUCCUGGCUCCAGACAGAUGCAGAAUGAAGACCUCCCUCAAGGCUGGCUGAGGCGUUGGUAUCACAGAACUGGAGAUCUUGAAACUUCUGCUGUGGUUUUGUUUUGGGGUGACCUUUCUACUGUAAUUUUAUGACACCACAAACAUCUAUGUCUUGUAUUUAAGCUGAUAAAAACACAUUUUCAUGUAUUUCUUUUAAUGAAGUACAUGUACUGUUUUGGGGGGAUGGAAAGGGUAAGAUUUGUGUUCGCCCCAACAAGCAAAUUUCUGUCCCAGGACGAAGGGAUGGGUCCUGGAGACUUCCCUGGUAUAAAACCACUGUAGAAGUGAAAGAAUUUACAUGUAUUGUAGGGUAAACUGGGUAUCCAUGGUGGGUUUUGGGUUCUCUUUAUCACUAUGUGGACUGUUUGUCUAUUGUGGGGAACAUUUGGUGAUAUUAAUGGUUUUCAUGGUAUUUCUGAA